AGAAAAACACACAAUGUUGAUUAUUCUCGCUCUCUUUUGUUUUGGAGCAUUCGCCAAUGCAGAACUCGUCUGCAAAAAAACUUUCACCGAAACUUGUGUUGAAACAUGUAACUGCUCCACAACAGACAUCCCAUUGUACACUGAGACCUACACCAAAGACUGGUGGUACGCGAAGCGUGACGAGGCAGUCAAAGAGAGCGGUUUUCCAGAAGCAAGUGGAACUAUUGGCUACACAAUGCUUUAUGAUAGAAAGACAUGCUCAGCAUCUACCGAAUGUCUUUUUACUUCAACUGGCGACAAAAGUAGAAUCUCCAAUUCUACACUGGUUAUUGUGACAGCCGAUAAAAAGGUAGCCGAGUUUCCGGCCUACUUCCUUCCACGCGAAGAUCUCAGUUUCCCUGAUGUGGACUGUGUUCUUGACAAGUAUCACUACAAAGGCUCUGAAAUCGUCUCGGCAGGAUGCCUUCAAGUCUAUUGAAUUUUUCGCGACUCAGUAAUAAAUUAUUAUUUUUUG